CGUAGAGUGAAAGGGUUUAAAUACCUAAGAGAAAGGGCUAGUUCGUGUCACCGAUACAUGGGCCAAUUGCACUUGUCGUGCUCUCCAGAACAGCCCAAGACAACCGAGAGGUCAAUGCCUUCCAAUCUGAUGAAUCAAUUCACUUUGUCGGAUCUUCAAAUCUCUGCAAUUCGAAGAAGUCGUUCGCGAAGCUCGGUCGCAUGUGAGGUUGGAUCGAAGAGCAACCCAACAAGUACAAGUCAAGCUGCGUAUCAGCAAACAAGAGCGUGCCAGCUACCAUAUACCCGGUGCCCAACAAGCUCUGAAAUUGAUGAUGCACGAUCGCGCAGCUCCGCUCUCGCCGCUUUUGUCCUGCCAUUCCGGGGCGAUGUUCCUGCAGAUCACGCCCGUGGGCGGUUACGCUCCCGGAGUCGAGUGAGAAGGAGGACGAGAGCCAAGAGGUUCCAAGCUUCAGAGGCUGCAACCCCCGCAAUUUGGGCACGCCACGCUUUUCGCUUGGGGACUGGGAAAGCCACUGACGGCAGAUGAGGGGAGGGAAUGGUCCUCGGGAACGGCUUCACGCUUCAUUAGUGAAGACGGCAUGCCGUUGGUCCGGUGCGACUUCGGACGUGGUGGAUGAAGGCGAAGGAUGGACUAUUCCGUCCUACUGACCUGGCCAUGGGCUCCAGCACCGGUCUUCAUGCUUCUUCGGUAGGUGUUCUCGAGCUAGGUCCACCAUGCAGCUUGGC